CCAUGCGGCCAGCAGGGGCAUAUGCCCGGGCUCCUACUCCAACAGUGGUUCCUUCUACCUCCCUUUCUCUGUCUCCGUCGCCUCCAUCCUCCUCUGUCUCUUCUCUUCCCAUCGUCUCCAGCUUCUUCUAUUUCCUCCGCCAUCGAAGUCUUCUCUUCCAUAAUCCCAUAGCAGCCGUAGGUGCUCCCUUGGACUUGUUAUGUCAACACUGUUUUAUGUUUUUGCUAUAUGUGGAAUUGUGUAUAUGUAUGCAUCAUAUGCCUCAAAUGGAAGAAGUAUUUGUUUCACUCUCAAAUGGAGAAGUGCGGCAAUGGUUCCGAAAUAAACACAGAGUCGACGGGUCAAGUUGCUUUAUCAGUUAAGAGGAAGAAUCUUUACGUUGAUUUUUCAGAUGAAUCUUCAUCAAUAAAGGGUUUGUAUAACAUAUUGGGACACCCUUUGAAGGGUUUCUUUCCUCCUCUUUUUUACAAGAGCCUUUAACAUUUUUUUGAGAGCGUUUAUCUGUUACAAUUCGUCAAAAAAUUAUUAUGUCAAAUACUGUCUUGAUAGAAAAUUAUGAAGCCAGUGAAAACUUGCCCAGGCUUCCUAAUUUUUCUGGCUCCGCC